AUGUACGUGUGUGACUCAGUGGCGCAGUGUGGGGCAGCAAAAUACCACAAGCAGCAGCAGCUGUUUGGUGUUGACCGCCUGGAGUUAUUACAAGUCGGACGUGACCUUCUAUCAAACUCGGAAAACAUCCAUUUGGACGGAUACACUCCAAACAGCAUGUGGGACAUCCUAUCAACAGCUGCAAGGGCGGUCAACACAGAAGAAUCUGAGGUUGUGUUUGAAAUCAAGUUGAAACGAAAACCUGGAUUCUACAUCAUCAACAUCAUUGUUCCCGUCAUACUCUUGUCCAUUCUGAACACGUUUUCGUUCGUACUACCAAAUACGUCGGGUGAACGUGCCAACUUCUCUGUAACGGUAUUCCUCUCACUGGCCGUGUUUCUAACCAUCGUCGCCGCGUCAUUGCCCACGAACGCCGAUAGCGUCUCCCUACUGUCCGUCUUCUUUAUCCUCAUGUCGGCAUCAAGCACGCUUAUGGUGGCUGUGUCUAGUGCAAGCACGAUUAACCACCCGAAACACGACGAACCGCCAUAUUGGCCAGGGAUUCUGGGCAGCGUAUUAAUUAGCCAACAUUCUGAGAUGCAGGACAUGCAGACGUACACAAGUAUAAUCGAGUUUGACGAAGCGAACGGGGCGUUGAAAACAGCCGGUUACCUCGUGUUAUCCUGGACUGACGAAUAUCUUCAAUGGGACAGCACGGAUUUUAACGGAACUGAAAGUAUUUUUCUUCCGCAGGACAACAUCUGGAAGCCGGACAUUUCACUCAAGAAUUCCGUUAAUUCCUUCACCAGUAUGGGAUCACCUCACCUAAAUGUCUUUGUUACAAGUAGCGGUGAAGUAUCUUGGUAUCCUUAUCAGGUCCUUCAGUCCACAUGUGACGUAGACAUCCAGUACUUUCCAUUUGACGCCCAAACGUGUAGUUUGGUGUUAACCGCUUGGAGUUAUUACAAGUCGGAAGUGACCCUCUAUCAAAACUCGGAGAGUAUCUAUUUGGACGAAUACACUCCAAACAGCAUGUGGGACAUCCAAUCAACAGCUGCAAGGGCGGUCAACACAGAAGAAUCUGAGGUUGUGUUUGAAAUCAAGUUGAAACGAAAACCUGGAUUCUACAUCAUCAACAUCAUAGUUCCCGUCAUUUUCUUGUCCAUUCUGAACACGUUUUCGUUCGUCCUACCAAUCACGUCGGGUGAGCGUGCCAGCUUUUCUGUAACGGUAUUCCUCUCACUGGCCGUGUUUCUGACCAUCGUGGCCGCGUCAUUGCCCACGAACUCCGAUAGCGUCUCCCUACUGUCCGUCUUCUUGAUCAUGAUGACGGCGUCAAGCACGCUUAUUGUGGCUCUGUGUCUUGUGGAAGCAAGAUUAGCCACCCGAAGCACGACGGACCGACCUAUUGGCAAUGGAUUCUUGGCAGCGUAUAAAUUAGCCAACAUUCUGAGAUGCAGGACAUGCAGACGUACACAAGUGAAACCAUUAAUGUCGGAUAAUUUUCAAGAAGUCAACUGGAUCGAUAUCGUUGAUUCAAUGGAUUUUCUUCUGUUUGUACUAUUCAUGACAUUGACCAUACUAAGCGCUGUUAUUAUAUUUGUGACAGCCUCAAGCCACUGA